AUGGAGUGGAAAGUCAAGGUGAACAACCGGUUUAGGUGGGAGGACACGGUAAAGAGCGUGACUCUGAUCCCAAGCGCUUAUUGGUCUUCAGUGCUGAAAGGUAAUUUGGAGAAAGUGCUUCAGGAGAGAGUUCCACAUAGCCGAAGGGUCCGGUCGGAUGGCACUUCUGUGGUUAUAGCGGUCGACGAUCGCAAGCACAAGAACGUAAAAGUAUGGUUCCAAUCCUAUGAUAUUGAUUGGACAGCGGUGGAGAAACAAUUCCUCGCGUGGGGGAAACUUUACACUCGAGGCAAGGAAUUAAGGGUCACGAUCAUCUUUAAUUAUAUAGAAGACAAUCUCCUUUCCGGAAACGUGGCAGGUAGGGGCGACAAGCGAGGGAAGUCGUCUGUAACGAACAAGAUGCUUAACGAGCGGGAGGCACAACUUGAUGCAGAGGAGCAUGUCUCUGGACAACAGUCAAUCUGGCGGGCUGUCUACGGCUUGAUACGUUGUCCUUCUCCAUCUUGUCACCUGGGGCCACAUUUGCUGCACUACCAAUUGAGAACGCAUCAUUCGAAACGCCUAAUUGCGUAUGUUGAAGGGGGUGGCGUCUUGGAGUGCCAAGAUGAUGUCCCUGAAACUAUUCGUGAAGAACUAUACAUGGAGGAGCAACAAAGACUGGAACAUUUACAGUCCAAGAGCAACAAGUCGCUCGCCUUUAGAAGCUGUCCAUCUAUCAACAUCAGCUUCAUGGGAGCACAACCUUCUCUUCCAGCCGUCAAUUCUACCGCAGCAUCUGUAUUGUCUUCUGAGCAAAACCAGCAAGGAAUAUUGCCCACAAUCGAUAGACCACGCGACGUGGCUGUAAGGGAAUACAACGCCUGGCAAGAAACGAACGUCAUCGACGAAACCUUAAAAGCUCAAUUUCAGCUAGCGUGUGAUGUCACGCUCGCUAACGGCCUUGACCUUGAACAGAUCCAUGAGAAUCGGGAUCCGAAUUUCUUUGUCAAGAACGGAGUUGUGGUAGGUAUUGCACGCCGAUUUGUAGGUGACAUCGUAAAAUAG